GACCGUGUUCUGGCUCUGAGGAGUGCUUGGCUCCACCUUCCGCCCUUCCCUCCCCCGGUGCUAAGCAGCAAAGCCAGAUAGAGACAUCCAGCCGGGGUAUUAGUAAAAACCAAGCCUCCCUCUAGGAAUGGCACUCGCCUGAGAGCUUCCCCGCGCCGCGCGCCCCGACGCCGCUGGGGCUGGGAGGGAGAACAGGGGGGCUAUUGGGAUACAAAUCACAGCCCUUGCAGGAUCUGCCCGGCACACCGGCCAGCAACUGAGAAGAAGGACACUAAGAAGGAAGAGAGGCAGGGCUCGAGAGCAACGAUGGCUGAUGACCAAGACCUUUCAGAGGUGGAGAUGAGCCCGGUGGGCUCUGAAGACCACCACUGCCUCUCGCCAGGACCUUCCAUGGCGUCGGACAACUCCCCACAUCUCGGCAGCUCCGGGAACGGGGAAAUGGGGAAGGUCAAGAAGGAACAGCAAGACUCGGAGGCGGACGACGACAAGUUCCCGGUGUGCAUCCGUGAGGCAGUCAGCCAGGUGCUGAGUGGCUAUGACUGGACCCUGGUACCCAUGCCCGUCCGGGUCAAUGGAAGUAACAAGAGCAAACCCCACGUCAAGCGGCCCAUGAACGCCUUCAUGGUCUGGGCACAGGCUGCCCGGAGGAAAUUGGCUGACCAGUACCCGCACCUCCACAACGCCGAGCUCAGUAAGACCUUGGGGAAGCUCUGGAGGCUGUUGAACGAAAGCGACAAGCGGCCCUUUAUCGAAGAGGCGGAGCGGCUGAGGAUGCAGCACAAGAAGGAUCAUCCCGACUACAAGUACCAGCCCCGCCGGCGGAAAAAUGGCAAGGCCACUCAGGGCGAGGGCGAAGGCCAGGUGGAGGGGGAUGCUGGCAGCGCUGCCGCCAUCCAGGCCCACUACAAGAACGCCCACCUCGAUCACAGGCAUCCCGGCGAAGGGUCGCCCAUGUCCGAUGGUCAUCCAGAACACUCUUCAGGUCAGAGCCACGGGCCCCCCACACCUCCUACCACCCCUAAGACCGAGCUGCAGGCAGGCAAAGCCGACUCCAAACGAGAAGGGCGUUCUCUGGGGGAAGGGGGAAAGCCACACAUUGACUUUGGCAAUGUGGACAUUGGGGAGAUCAGCCAUGAAGUGAUGUCCAACAUGGAGACCUUUGAUGUCAAUGAAUUCGACCAAUACCUGCCGCCCAACGGACACGCCGGCCACCCAGGCCAUGUUGGGGGGUACGCGGCAGCGGCGGCUGCUGGCUACGGCCUCGGGAGCGCGCUGGCUGCAGCCAGCGGACACUCUGCCUGGAUCUCCAAGCAGCACGGAGUCUCCUUGUCCACUGCCACCUCAUCGGUGGUGGACUCCAAGGCCCAGGUGAAAACGGAGGGGUCCGCCCCUGGAGGUCAUUACACUGACCAGCCCUCCACCUCCCAGAUAGCUUACACAUCCCUGAGCCUGCCCCACUACGGUUCGGCCUUCCCCUCCAUCUCCAGGCCACAGUUUGACUACCCGGACCACCAGCCCUCGGGACCCUACUACAGCCAUUCCACCCAAGCCUCCGGCCUCUACUCUGCCUUCUCCUAUAUGGGACCUUCCCAACGUCCCCUUUACACUGCCAUCUCUGACCCUGCACCCUCCGUGCCACAGUCCCACAGCCCCACACAUUGGGAACAGCCCGUGUAUACGACUCUCUCCAGACCGUAGGGAAUGGGGAAUGGUGACCGAAGCAGCGACGGAAAGGCUCCGAAGAAUCAGCACAGGCAGAAGAGCCUCCGAACUCCGAGGUCACUCAGUGCCGUCCAGCCACCAGAACACACUGAGUAUACAGAAGUGCCUUUCUUGACCCCGGCUAUCGCUGGCUCACCCGCCUAGAGGAAGGUUUUUCGUCCUUUCGCCCUUUACCAAUUUCACGCAGGCCACGUCACUGGCUUGCAACACCUUAUUGGCCUUCUAGAUGAGGAGGAUUCUCGACAUGGAGUGACUGGUCCGUGGUGGGUUUCGUUGUGCGCACCCUGGACCGUAUGAUGAGAGAGACUGUCCUUUCCUUCCCCUCCCCAGACUGCUCCAGGGAGUAGUUAGCGAGUGUUUCCAACAGGCCACAAUGGCCAACACUUUGUCACCUGCUGCGGGUGAAGGGUGGUUGCUCAGCCUUGGUGAAGACGUUGUGGGAGGAGUAGUAGGGAAGACGGCACGGCCAGCCUCCUCGCGAUCAGCGUCGUGCAGCACUCCUGCCUGAGAUUCACACAUGCAUGAAUCUUGAACCCCACUGGAAGACCAACCUACGCUUGCUUCCCUGCUGACUUCCACAGCUGCGUCCUUGCUUUCCUCCCCGCCUCUUCCCUCCAUCCCGUCUCUGUUUAAUCCCACACUCUUUCCUGCAUGGAGAUUUUAAGGCUUGCCUGAACAACGCGUAGGGCUCAGGAACCACAUUGUUGGUCUUAGUGUUACUCAUAUCCCAGCCUGUGUGCGCAUGCGUGUUCAUGUAUGGAGGUGUGGGAGAGGUGGGGAAGGAGCAGUGUAUCAUUAAGGUGCUGUGGUCGAAUCCUCCUUUCUUACAAUUACUCUGUAUCGUUCAUUUAUGUCUGGCAUUUCUGGCAUCUCGGUCUUUUCUAAUCUCUUCAAUAUCCCCAACAACCUCUGAGCAAACUUGGUCCUUGCUCUCCCAUGUCUGACUGUGCUUGCCUGAAAUGAAGAGGCACCAAGAAAGCUACUAUGCACUGCCAACACCCUGAGUUGAUUCCAAUACUCUCUUUGAACCCCCACUCCAAACUCAGGCUGAUGGGGUGUGCAUCCCUGCUUGUUUGUUCAUCAUGUCUUCCAGUCAGUCGACACCUCCCUCCUACCUAUGCUGAGGAUGGAAAGAUGCUCUGCGGCUUUAAGCAAGGUAGAUAACACACCCAAUCUUGGACGAGUGCAAAGAAAAUAAGCCUGUUUAAGUGCAAAGGAAUUCGUUUUCCCCUUUGGGUUUCAAACUGGAAGCAACCAGCUCUCGCCGUCAGAUCAACCUCCUUUUUUUCAGUCCAACACCUGAGGACAGUCUGCUUACUUCUCCUUUGUCACCUCCAGGACUGGGGUGGUUUGUCAUGCCAUGGAGUGAACUGGCACAAAAGUUGCUGCAGGAAAAGAUGACUCCUGGCAACUGAUCGCGGAGACAUGUUGUGGGACCUUCCAAUGGAUAUUCCAGUCUAAAAGAUAAAAUACUUUGACCAAACGUGGACUGUGAUGGGUGCCGCUGUAUCCCUCUGCUGAUAUGACUGUCAGAUGCCCUUCCUGCCUCCCUUAGUUAUGGAUGACUUAUCCUUGUGGUGUCUGAAAAGAUCACGUAGAAUGUUUGCUCCUUGUACGCAUGUAACCUCUGCCAGCCCUGUCCCCUUAUUUAUGCAAGUAGCACCUUCCUCCCCCACCUCCCUUUCCCCAGUCUCUAUGCUGUCCUAGCACCAUUAACUCUGCAUUAAACAUAUGGAAUAAUAAACUUAAAAGUUUCA